AUGCCUGGAUCAAACAACGAUUUGAAUGUGUUGGCACAUUCACACCUUUUUGAUAACAUGCUAAAGGGUGUAGCACCUCCAUGCAAUUAUGUCAUCUAUGAUCACCAAUACCAUAUGAGUUAUUUCUUAGCCGAUGGUCUCUAUCCAAAGUUGACUACAAUUGUACAAGAUUUUAGUCAGACAUUGGAAAUUACCGAGUAUGUGAGAUUCAACAAGUAUAAAAUGGCUAAAAGAAAGGAUGUCGAGCGUGCUUUUGAGUGCUUCAGGGUAAAUUCAGAAUUUUCGGAUCACCAUGCAGGGGAUUUGUCUAGUUUGGAGGGUUCAGAUAUGGAAUACGUGGUACUUCCAUCAUCAGAAGGAGAUUAUGAAGAUACAUACUUAGAAGAAGAAGUAGUUCCUGGUCAAAACGAGGAUGGAGCAUUUGAUUAUUAUGGAGAUUACAAUGAUCAAAUCCCAGAUGACUUUGAACAUGCAGUUGAACAUGAUUAUGACGAUGAUGAGGAUGAUGACGAUGAGGAGGACGAUGAUGAUGAGGAUUAUGACAGUGACGAUGAUGCGGGUAUGUAUGAUGAUGAUGAUGUUGAGGAGCAAUUUGCUUUGGAGAGUUACGAAAAAAAGAAGGGGAAACCUUUUAGAUUUUUUAACUGCUAUGUGAUUUUGAAAAACAGUUUCUCAGAGUAUAACCCUUCCCCCUUUGAAGAUUCAUCCUCUGAAUCAUCAGAUGAAUAG